AUGUGUCUCCCUAGGCUUUCUCUUGUUGAGAAAUACGACGACGAUACGGGUUACACAAAUUCUCGCCCUGCGGCUCGCCGUCCCAGCGCUGUGCGUGGUAGUGUCUACUUACCUCGCAAUUCCCUUCGUUCCCUCAAGAGCAAGUAUUCCCAUAGCUCUGCCUCCGAAGCGCCCUACUAUGAUCAUGACCUUGGGCAAUUUAUCACUCGUCGGAACGGAUACCACACUCUCCAUGGAAAUCGUGGUGACAGCAAAACCAUUGUUGUAGACAAUUCUAGUGCGAAGAAAUCUGGGAAUGGAGCUACUGCGGUCGAAAUUAACGAUGGCAGGAAUGGAACUACCACUACUAUCCUUUCUGCCAACGGGAGGCAAUCAAACAGUAGCUUAAAGUCUGUUGGUUUUAACAAAUAUAAAUUUGAGAAAAUCUUCACGACGCCAGAGUCAGACGAGGAAUCCUCUUCGGAUGAUGAUGAUAACUCCUCAACAUCCUCAACAGACUCAGAUGAUUCUCAUCGCUCGCGUCAGGGUAGAUCCAACCAACGUAGUUCGAGUCGAAGUAGAAGCCAUAGCGGGAGCCGAAGCAGAUCGAAGUCACGCUCUAGGUCAAGAUCUAGAAGUACCGACAGCCACCGGAGAGAAUUUUACAGGCCGCCAUACCCACGUCAAGGACACGAGUACCCCUUAUACCACCAACAACAAGUUGUCCCAGUCCCUAUGGCGGUCCCGGCCCAAAUGAUGCAAGCAUAUCCUCAGAAUAUGAGUUCGUUCAUACAACCGCAAAGGCAAAUUGGGACCGGAUUGAUUACUACUGCACCACAGCAAAUGGUUAUGCAACCGGUGCCCCAAGUGUUGACACAAGAUCAUAUGCACGGUAUCCAUGGCCAGUAUUACCAGGGUCAUCGGGUUGGGCCAACUGUCCCCCAGACGAUGGUUCCAAUUUCAAUGGUUGGACCUCACCACCUACUAACUGAAGUCGAGGAGGAUCAAGGUUGA